AUGACGGUCAACGUGACAUUAAAUAACCCAGGAGCAUCUACGUUCAUCUUAGUUGGGUUUCCAGGUAAUAAGAAUGUGCAGGUUUUGUAUUUCAUCAUCUUCCUCCUCAUCUAUCUUUUCACUCUUUUGGGAAAUAUUAUCCUACUAUUGACACUAAAGGCAGAGUCAAAUCUUCAUACACCUAUGUAUUUCUUCCUAAGUAACCUUGCAGUCUUGGAGAUUGGAUACACUUCAGUCACUGUUCCUAAACUGCUGGAAAUCUCCUUAGGAAAAGAGGGAGCUAUCUCAUUUCCAGCAUGUUUCAUGCAGACUUACUUUUUCUUCUUCCUGGGGUCUACGGAGUGCUUCUUAUUUGCUGUCAUGGCCUAUGAUCGUUAUCUGGCCAUCUGCCAUCCUCUGCGAUACUCAACACUCAUGUGCAACAGAGUAUGCAUCUUCCUAUCUUUAGGAUCCUGGAUUACUGGUUUUAUCAAUCCUUGCCCACCUGUCAUCGUGCUUAGUAGACUGCACUACUGUGACAACAUUAUCAACCACUUCUUCUGUGAUUGUGUACCACUUCUCAGUCUUUCAUGUAGUAAUACAUAUGUCCUCAGCACAGCCAUUUUUGUCAGCUCAUUUGUCAUAGUGUUAGGUACAUUCCUCUUGAUCAUGCUUUCAUAUGCUUGCAUUUUGGUCACCCUCCUAAGGAUGUCCUCAGCUACCAAUCGACAGAAGGCAUUUUCCACCUGCUCUGCCCACCUGACUGUGGUCUUGUUGUUUUAUGGAACUGUGAUUUUCAUGUAUGUGUCUCCCACACCACAGCAGACAAUGGAAAUUAACAAGGUAGUAUCUUUUAUCUACAGUGUGGUGACCCCCAUGCUUAAUCCCAUUGUCUACAGCUUGAGAAAUGAAAAUGUCAAAAAGGGUUUGAAAAGACUGAUGCUAAGGAAAUUCUAUCCUACAAGUCGAACUACUUAG